AUGGGUUGCGCUAGGAUACUGUCGGCGCUGCGGCGCUGCAAGCGGCUGGAUGACAGUCAAGGUGGUAGCGAGCUGGCGCGGUGCCUUGGAUUACUGGACCUGACGGCGCUGGGAGUGGGCAGCACCUUGGGUCUAGGCGUAUACGUUCUAGCCGGUGCCGUCGCCAAGACAGUAGCCGGGCCUGCCGUUACUCUGAGCUUCCUCGUCGCUGCCGUUGCCUCUGCUUUCGCUGGACUGUGCUAUGCGGAGUUCGCGGCUCGCGUACCUCGAGCUGGAUCAGCGUAUGUGUACAGCUAUGUGAGCGUGGGUGAAUUCAUUGCAUUCACCAUAGGCUGGAACCUCAUCCUGGAGUAUGUGAUCGGCACGGCCAGUGUUGCCAAGGGCAUGUCGAAUUACAUCGACAGCAUAUGCAAUAAUACCAUGGCUCGCACCUUGACAGCCGCUGCCCCGAUUAAUGUUUCUUUCCUUGCCGAGUAUCCUGAUUUCUUUGCGUUCGGACUUGUCCUUGUUAUUACAAUUUUGCUCGGCGUGGGGGUGCGCGAGUCAACAAAACUAAACAAUGUCUUCACGGCACUCAAUAUGGCAACUGUCGUUAUCGUUGUUAUUGCUGGCGCCACCCAGAGCGACCCCUCAAACUGGCGGAUAGCAGUGGAAGACAUUCCCGAGGAAUAUCGUGAGGCAGCAGGCGCAGGUGGCUUUAUGCCGUGGGGUGUGGCUGGAGUGAUGGCGGGCGCUGCCAAGUGUUUCUUUGGCUUUGUGGGCUUCGACUGCGUAGCCACCACUGGCGAGGAAGCCAAGAACCCGAAAAGAGAUAUUCCGCUUUCCAUCAUCUUGUCGCUCGUCAUCAUAUUCAUAUCCUAUUUUACCAUCGCGACAGUCUUGACAAUGAUGCUGCCUUACUACUUGCAGGACGCUGACGCGCCAUUUCCACACGUAUUUGGAGUGGCGGGAUUACCAUCGGUGGGAUGGAUCGUAACCAUUGGGGCCAUAUUCGCACUAUGCACCAGCCUCUUGGGCGCCAUGUUCCCGCUUCCUCGUGUGCUAUACGCCAUGGCCAGUGAUGGCGUGUUAUUUCGGCCCCUAGCUCGUAUUCAUCGCCGCACACAGACCCCGCUGCUUGCAACCGCCUUCAGUGGGCUUCUAUCAGCAACAAUGGCAGCCAUAUUUAACCUAAACCAAUUGAUAGACAUGAUGUCCAUUGGAACGCUCAUGGCCUAUACCAUUGUAGCUAUAAGCGUGCUAAUUUUAAGAUACGAAGAAGACAGCUCGAUUAUAAUAAACGGGCUAAAGUCCCUACCAGAGACGCCUUGGAGCGUGGUGAAACAGCUGUUUAAUCUGCUGGGACUUAAAGAGCCUACGAUGCUUUCUUCCACCAUCGCCAAAUGCACUAUAUUCAUCUUCUUUGUGGUGUCUCUAGCGGCGUGCGGUACAAUGAGUUGGGAGGUAAUAGGUGAGGGGGCUUGGGUGGCGACAGGUGCUUUGGGCAUUCUGCUGCUCCUUUUACUGUUAGUGCUGUAUCGCCAGCCACGACGAGACGUCGCACAUCUUACCUUUACCGUCCCUCUGGUUCCGCUUGUACCGUAUUUGAGCGUGAUUAUGAACGUUUAUCUCAUGGUGCAACUCGACUACCACACUUGGGUGCGCUUUAUCCUCUGGCUUGCAGUCGGAUACCUAAUAUAUUUCUUUUACGGCAUCAGCAAUAGUUCCCUAAAGGAAAAGAAACAUGACGAUUCCCACACGAAUGGAAAGGUUGAAGAAAAACAUGUUAUUACUAAGUUUUGA